AAUGCGGAAGCUGUGGACAAAUAUGGGCCGGGCUUGUUCCAUCCUGUCUAUCUCGGUGACGUGUACAAGGAAGGGCGAUAUAGAAUUGAACAGAAGCUUGGGUUCGGAUCACAAGCUACUAUAUGGGGCGCAAGAGAUCUUCCAAGUAACGAGUUAGUGGCUUUGAAGAUAUUUGCGGCAAACUUAUCUCAGAACAAUAAGGAACUCGCCAUUCUGCAGCGGCUUCGAGACAGCACUCUGGUCCAUCCAGGGCGUGAACAUGUGGUUGAAUUUCUUGACUAUUUCUAUCACGAUGGUGUAAACGGACGCCACUUGGUCAUAGUCACAAAACCACUAAAACAAACCUUAUUCUAUUAUACUGAUAAUAUAGUUCGUGGAGGUCGUGCCGUUGGGGAAUAUACGUGUUCGGCGUUUUGUCGGCAACUUCUCCUUGCAGUAGACUUCUUACAC